CAGGACUGAAUACAGAUUACCUUCCCAGAUGGCUAUAACACAUGAUACCUUAGUACAAGAAGUAAUCACCCCAGAGCGCCUUCAGAAACACCUGAAUCUGGCUUACCUGAGCCCAGUGGUACAGUCUGCACUUAAUCCUGCCAUGGUUUCUGCCCUGGGGAUACACAAACUCAGCAGCACCGAUAUUAUUGCAGUCACCAAAGCCAUUGCAAAGGAAGUUAUAGAGACCAGUUCUGCUUUUAAUGAUGAUGACAUGAAAAAGAUUGCAAAAUUACUGGUGUGUAACUAUCGCAGCCUCGAUCAAGAAUAUGGAAAUACAGAUCAGCUCUUGGAUGAUCUGAAAUCAGUUCCAAUCAUUCCUCUUGCUGAUGGAAGUAUGGUAUCACUGAAAGGUCAAGCCAUAUUUUUCCCCCUCUAUGAUGAAGAGAAUGAACAAUUUGUAAACCGUGGGCGAGGUAUUCAGGAACUAUAUCGGGAUCUAAAGACUGUCCACCCCAAUGUGCUUACCUGCCUGGACAAUCUGAGUAACUCCCAGGUUCGCAAACUUCUGGAAAGGAUGGACGUUUAUUAUCUUAAACCAGAGAAAGUCAUGUUCGAGUACAUUCUACCCACCUUAAAGGAGCAAAAAUGGAAGGAGAAGUCUCAAGGUAUUGUGGUCAGCUACAGCAUCUUCCUCAAGGUGCAUUGCCAGGAUAAUGAGCUACAGCAGUUUAGACCAUACAUUCCAGUGCUUACUAAUAAGGGCUUUGUCUGUCCAUUACAUGUUAAUGUCAACUUUACAUGUAACUACAAGAAUACCAUUAAUUUACCGGUGGAUCUUCCAGGUGUUGACUGGGUACUAUUGGACUCAUGCUACCUGCAGACUGAUAAUGAUUCUGAAGGAUGGAGGACGUUUUUCAGCUCCCUUGGUGUUCAGGAUUUGUUUGUUUUUCAAAAGAAAAAAUGCACUUUCACAAAACAGGAACUGGCAUCUAGCCCAUGGGCACAUGUCUGUGAUUUGUGGCCCAACACAGCAGAUAAUACAUACAUGGUGGAAGAUUAUGUCUGUCAGGAGCUUCACAGCCUCUUGACUACAGAAGCUCUGCCUGAUCAGAUGAAAUUCCAACAGAGGAUUAACCUGCUCAAACUCUUUGACAGAAACUGGGACUCUGGUUGCAGAUUCUCUCAGUAUUGCACAGCUAGACUCGUUGACAGCCAGGAUAAAAUCCUAAAGAACGAAAUUCAUUCUUCUUUUGCAAUUUAUCUUACAACUCUGUCAUGGUUACCAACUGCCAGCCCAGCUGAGAAUGGUUCAGGAUCUUGUACAGCAUAUCUACGUCCUAGUGAGGUAUACCUGAGUUCAAGCAAUUUAAAGGAACUAUUAGCCAACCGUGUCAGCUAUGUAUGUUGUGAUCUGCUUGAACAGAGCACUUUUGCUGCUUUCGCUGGUAUUAAGACCUCCAUUUCUGUGGACAUGAUGAUCAACCACUUCAAAUCGUGGUGUGUGAAGAAGCCUCCAAGUGAAUCUGCUGAUUUGGAAGGUGCAGAAUUUCAGACGUCAGCAGAGCACAUACACAGGGUUUACGCUUACUUGGGUAGGAACUGCAGUGGGAGUCAGCUGACAGAACUGUUCAAGCAUUUCCCAGCUGUGUUUGUACCUACCAGCACUGAACCGCUUUGUUCUGGAAAAUUCUGCCAUUUGAAGGAUGUAUUUUGGAGUGACCCAACUGGAAUGUUCCAGCGAUAUAAAUAUCAAAUUCAGGAUACAAAGGGAUCUUUCCAGGAACCUUACCUGCUUGCACCUUUCUACCGUCAAUGGGACGAUAUGAAAGAUCUUUUUCAGAAGACUCUCGAUGUUGAGAAAAUACCAGCUAUGAAACACUAUGUGAGUCUGCUUGUGCUCAUAUGCAGUAAAGUAUCGUUUCCCAACAGUGACAUCCUACAGGAUGUGUCAGUGAUUUAUGCCAUUCUAGCUGAGAAAUGCAAGAUUUAUGAUAAUGAUGACACUUGGGAUCUACAGUAUCACUAUUGCCAGACACUUAAAGGGAUGGUAAAGGAUGAAAAAGUCUUUCCAGCCAAGGAUAAUCGAUGGGUGUCCCUGGCCAGCAUGCCUAUGAUACCAAACAAUAGGCAACUGGAACGCACUUUUAAAGCAUAUUCCCUGUGUUUGCUCAAUCUACCUGCAGCUGAGAGGAAUCCAACAAACACCAAGACCAAAAGAAAGCAAGAGUUUCGAUUUAAUGAGGAAGAUCGCAACUUAUUUUUUGAGAUCUGUGGAGUGAAGCCACUCUCCAGCUGCAUCAAUGUGGAAGCCCAGACUGAGAAUUAUGUACCCUGUCCAAAAGUCCAAAACUUUGUCCGUUUGCUGGCUCCCUUCAUUCAGAGAUGGUUCUUUCAUCAUGAUGAUUUCAGUCAUGUUUAUGAAGAACUACAAGGUAGUAACAUUGCUACAAGGCUUAAGUCGAUGACAUUCAUACAGGUUGGUAAACUGUAUCUCCAUUAUAAAUUAACUUUGCCGGAUGAUUCCGUUGUUUAUGAGAACGAGGAUAUAGUUUGUUAUUUAAAGGAUGGUAAGGAUCUCUACAUCCAGAAGGAUCACAUCACUUCAUGCACAGAUAUCUGCAGGGAGUUUGUAAAGAUCUAUAGUGGUGGAAGGGUAGAAGUUGAAAAGGAACUUGAACGCUUCAUUCAGCGUCUCAUCUCCUACUUCAAGGAUGAAGCCGCGCUGAAAAAGUUUUUAAAGAUGGAGGGUGUUGAAGAAUUGCCAGAAGAUGAAGAGAAAUGGGAGGUUCCCACUGCCUUAGAGAUAAGACCAGAGCCACCACGACCUCCAGCACCGAUUCCAAUACAAUUUAAAGAGGAAAACAGUAAAGAAAUCCUGCAGAGCAAAGACAACAAAACAGAUGAAGAGAGGACUCUGGCAAGCUGGCCUCCCAAAGCAUCCCUUCAUAAUUACACUGAUGGAACAUCCAGUAAAGCUGCAGAAGCUGUCAUGAGAAUGUGGCCGCCUCCUGCGCCCCCUUCAGGCUCUACUGAUAACGUGGCUGCCAGUAACCACCUACAGCAGCAUCAUCCUUCCCCACAGCCUGGUGACCUACAUAGGUCUCUGAGCACAAGCACCAAGGCCAGCGGGGAACCUCCUCACCAUCUGGAACGGCAGAAAAGUCACAGCCAACCUGUAGCCACAGCAGAACACAUUGAUCCAGCAUCAAUUUCAGAGCAGAAGAUGGAUUCAGAUCAGUCCAAGCCUACUACAAACCAGACACAAACACAACCCUCUGUUACUGCAACUGACCAUACGAGUCAGCAACCAGUGGUAUCUGUGACUAAGACCAAUCACUUCAGUGCAGCUGAUAUAAACACAUCCCGUCCAGCCAUUCCACUCGACAGCCCAGUAUGGACAAAAGAGCUGCCACAUGAGGAAGUCCUGGAGGAGCUGCUGAUACAUGGCAUGAUGGAAAAACCACAGACAGUCGUGUUCAACGAGGACAAGAUAGAGAAUCAUGCCAUUGGAGAAUGGGGGGAGCGCCUGGUUCAUGCAUUCCUCUCACACUGGAAGGAGAGCGAUAGCCAGCACAAACCCAGGGACAUUAUGUGGGCAAAUGAGAAUGGGGAGAGCGGUCUGCCCUAUGAUUUCAAGGUCAUGUUCACUUCCAUGAAUGACGAGCAGAUGGAGAUCUUCAUUGAAGUUAAAUCCACAAUCAAAGCUGAGAAGAACUUUGUACAACUUUCUGCUCAAGAAGUGGACUUGGCACUAAAGGUCAGAGAUCGUUACCACUUGUACAGAGUGUACAAGGCAGGGGACUCUCAGAAUGUCCAACUGUGUCGAAUUAAAAACUUGGCACAGUGUUUGCAUGCCAAACAACUUGAAUUGUUUCUGUUUGUGUAAAUGCUAAACUAGUUUUAGAGGUGAUUAGUCAAGUUUAUUGCUUUUAUGUAUUUUUUGUAAAUUAGCAAUCAACUAUUACAAAGCACUGCAGAAGGUGGGAAUAUUCAGCAGCUCUGGAGAGUGGUAACAUUUCAGGUCAUGUUCUUCUCAGAAUCUGAAGGUUACACACCUAAGUUAAGUUUCUCUCUCCAUAGAUGGUACCAGAGUUGCUGAAUAUCUGUCAUUUUUCAUUUUUAUUCAAUUGUAACUGAUAAAGAAGUGGAGGUUUAAGAUUGCAGUGAUGGGAUAUUUUGGGAAGUCCUUUUUAUCACUGCUUCUAUACAUUUUCCAAAUGUAUCCCCUAAGCAAAUAAUGUUUAAAAUAAUAUAUGUUCACUAUAAAA